UUUCUACACUUGUUAUCUCUUUGGCAUUAGCCGAAGCACCUACUUUCUAGCAAAUCUUUUACCAAAAACCAAUCAUCUUUAACCAAAGCAUGGCGGUUGGAGGGCGUGUUACGGGUCGUCUUGGUUACGGGAAUGGAUAUUCUGACGGGCGUUCCUAUGCUGGAAUCAACGAAGAAAUCAUGUACGUAAGCAUAGGAAUGGGAAUCAUCAUUGCCAUACUGAUUUGCAUCGCACUAUGCUACAUCGCACGGGAAAACUGUAAAAACAAGCGAGAAUAUUAUAUUACGGCCUAAAAUAUGAGUGAGUAGGGGCCUCCGGCGGGCUGACUGGAUGAUGUAUUGUUCAUAGUUAACUAUUAUCUAGCUAUUUUGAUAUAAUUUAUGCUAUUUUUAACAUGUUCGAUACACGUUAAACGCAGUCCAGGCACCGUCGCAGGUGAGCUCACAAAAAAUCAAAUAAGUAAUAAUAUGGUCCGGAACUCUGGUUCCUGUCUGAAGUAAACUCGUGUUAACGGAAAAGUCUGUUUAUUGCAAAACAAUAAGUACAUAAUAUGUAUAUGUUCGUUUUAUAUAUAUACACAGUUCGUGAAAUGUAGCAGUCUAUUUUGAAAACUAUAAUGAUAUAUUAAUGUAUACAAACAGCUAGCAAGCUAAACGAAAUGAAAGAAAGCGCGAGAAUUUGGAAAACGCAAUGUUGCUGCGUUCGAACAACAAAACUACAGAAAGGUUAAUAAAUGAA